CGAUCAGCUGGGAUCACCGCAACCAAUCAGAAGCCAGCAUCGCACCGCCGGGGCAUGUUGAACAGCUGAUCGCCUGUCAAUCACCCGGCCAUGCCCGCUGGGGAGGGGUGGAUUUCACACACUCGAAAUUUUUUUAUUGAGCCCAACCGUGGGAACGGAGCGGCAUUUCGAGUUCAGACUCAGAGGAGUGAGGACGUGUCUGCCAAUCGUUCCGCGCCAAGUACCAAACCCACACACACCACUCCCAACAUGAAGCGAAGCUUUUCCGACAGCAUUGAGAGUGAAGACGACAGCGUUUUCGAAGAAGCUAAGGGGUCUCCCAGCCAAAGCUGCCAAAUGAGUUCAAGAAAGAAGCGACGAGGGAUUAUCGAGAAGAGGCGCCGCGACCGUAUCAACAAUUGUCUCGCCGAACUCCGACGACUCGUCCCGACCGCAUUCGAGAAGCAGGGGUCAGCCAAGUUGGAGAAAGCGGAAAUCCUGCAAAUGACGGUGGACUACCUGAAAAUGCUGGCCGCGAAAGGUUACCAUGCCUACGACGAUCACUUCAUCGACUACCGGGGGAUCGGGUUCAGGGAGUGCGCCAACGAGGUGGCCAGAUACAUGGUGACAAUAGAGGGUCUCGACAUCCAAGACCCCCUACGUAUCCGCCUGAUGAACCACCUCCAGUGCAUCGCGGCCCAGCGGGAGGCUCAAGUUGUGGCGGCGGCGGGCAUGCGCCACACGUCCCCGUGGAACGUCAACGGCGUCUCGGCGCCGCACCCGCAGUUCGCGUCGGUCCAGGCGGCGCCGGACGCCCAGGGGCUCCUCCACGCCACCACGCUCCACGACCCUCCACGCCAGCCCGCCGCCAUCGCCUGCUCCACUCCGAACACCUAUCUCAAGACCUCCGCGCAUCUACCCGUGGCCGCGUCCGUUCCAGCAUCAUCCACGGCACAGAUCUCUCCAACUCUCAUCUCGUCCACGCAGUUUCCCGUCACCUUCAACACUCUCCAUCUCUCUCCUACCGGCUACGGAGCCACCAGCACCACGCAAUCACAGAUCAUCACCAAACCCUACAGGCCGUGGGGAUCCGAAGUCAACGCCUACUGAACACAACGAACUCUGCUGGACUUGUCAAUAAUAGACUGACUGUAAAUAUUGGAAAUAUUACUACUGACUAACAGACCAAAUGUGAAAUAAUUGAAUGUAGUAGCUAGCGUCUACUUGUAUUUUUCGUCCGGCCAUAGACCAUUCGACAAGCAGGUCUUGUGUGUCCAGACGUUUUAGCGAAAUGCUUUGUGCAUCAUCGUUAAGUUUACCCUUUGAUAUGAAGGUUAUAGCCACGUGAAUUUAAUUGCUUUAAGAACCAAUCAUGUUUCCAAAUCCUGUGUAUCAAUCAGUGUAGUAGCCAAUCAUGUGCCAGCUUCUGCAAUCAAACUUUGACAAUUUUGUAACCACAUUUACCAUUGGACAAAUCGCUUGUUCCUUCGUCUGAGUGUAACGUUUUGUGUUUUGUGGUUCUUUUGUAUUUUUCUAUCAGAAGUAAAGAAAUUUUAUUUUGCCCUGUUGUAAAAUUGUAUAUGACUGAGAGAACAGGAAUCCGUGUGAAUAUAAUGUCACAAACUUUGAAUCAUG